UCCUCAGCCAAUGAAGUGCAGAGAAAAAUCAGCAGAGGAGGCGAACAGUACUCUGCUUCACCUCAAGGGGUCGUACGUGAACUGACGUUAGAGCCAGUAGCAGGUGAAGAACAGCGUUUUCUAUGCUCUGCCUGAUUGGACGGACUGUAUUACAAGACGGAAACACUCCUCACAACUGGACUUCCGGUCUAAACAGGAGAUGAUAAGUGACGCUGGAGCUAAAAGACAUGAAACAUCGGCCACGCACAUUCAAAGCCAAGUUUCUUUCGAAACUUCUGGAAAUUCAAGGAUCGAUUUUGCCUUGGAUGAACAACGAAGACUAAACAUUAGCCUCCACGAGGUGAUGGAAAACCGAGAGAUACAACCACGGACUUCAUCCAUAAGUCAAGGGGGAGACACUCGUCGUCUUACUGACCUUUGUCUCCUGUACAGUAUGGAAGGAAGGAUCCAUCUUUGGAGCUGAUUUCCAGGCAGAAUGAGGAUGACUGAGUCAGGGAGGGCAGGGCGCCCUGUAUGGAAACUAUGUUGAAUCACUACAUCGACUACAGACGCGGUGACCCCUGAUGAAGUCCGCUCCUCCUGCUCAGACGCAGACAGGAAAAAGGCGAAGGAGAGGCGCGGAGCUCUCAGUGAGCAGACGCUGGGUGAAUGUGCGGCAGUCGGAGUCGCUGGUUCGAGCAGCAGUUGAUCAACGGCCACAGUCCAACGGACCGCGGCGAAAAGACAGCGACAGCUCACGGCCUUUUCUCCCAUUGACCACUGAAGAGCCAGCACACACAGAACAACAGCACCGAGGGUCUGAACGCUGGUGGAAAGAGGAUAAUUGCGUUUCUGGCCGCCCUGCUGGAACAUGGGAUAUAUGACCUCAUCAUUUACCUGUGAGGCUCUCCAGUAAACAACGCCAAAUAGAAGAAUGACCGAAGCUGCCGUAGAAAGUGCACAAGUCCUCCUAAAAGCCUGCGAUGUGCCGCCCUGUGACGUCAUCAGCUGCCCCUCCCCUACGCCGUGUUUGUCCCUCUGCAGUCAGAGGGAGGAAGAGGAGCGUCACCACGACAGUAAGAAGCCGGAGCAGCAAAAACACUGUAACCAGGUGCAACCAAAGAAAAAAGUUAAGGCGAAAGGAAAGUUAGUGCGAACAGUAGCUGUCUGUGAGGAGUCGUCGCCAUUUGAAGAAAGCCAGGCUUCUCAAGACACAAAUGUUUCAUCAGGCUGCCAUGACGAUGAGAGGACAUCGUGUAGAGAGGAGGAGCAGGAGACGCUGCCAGAACCAAAGAAACUGACCAAAGAGUCCAGCGUGGAGUACACCGACUCCACCGGCAUAGACCUGCACCACUUUAUCACCGAAACCCUCAACAGCAACCCCAGAGACCGAAUGAUGCUGCUGAAACUGGAGCAGGACAUGAUUGACUUCAUUACCAGCAAUAGCGCUUUUAAGAAGUUUCCUCACAUGUCGUCGUACCACCGUAUGCUGGUCCAUCGGGUGGCGGCCUACUUUGGCAUGGAGCACAAUGUAGACCACACAGGCAAGUCUGUCAUCAUCAACAGGACCAGCAGCACACGCAUACCUGAGCAGCGUUUCGUGGAUCAGGUGGACAAGGACAAGGAGGAAAUCAACUGCUGGAAAUUCAUUCUGAAGAGAGACAACAGUUCCGACGACCAGAAUCGAACUCACACGUUACGGGAGAAACAAAGCAAGUCGGUGGAGGAGAGAGAGGAGGAAUAUCAAAAAGUCAGAGAGCGAAUCUUUAACCAGGAGCCUUUCUUCACCCAGGAGAGCGCCCAUGCAGAAACCAGGGCCGUGGAGGACUACAACCCAUACGCUGAGACUCAGCGGAAAAGGCAGCUCUUCAGGAACAGUCGUAAAAGCUCCAGCUCCAGCUGGAACGGCAGCAGCAAACAGAGCAGCACGGAGAUCGACUGUCGCUACAGCAACGAACCCCAACCGUGGAGCAGCAUCGACUCAGAUUCCUCCUGCCACUGGACGAGUUCCGCCCCGAAACACUGUCACCCCGCUAACCACAGCUGGGAACCGCAAGGUUCAGGCUCCAUCGCUCUGUACAGACUGCCAGCCACCUGUCCCCAAAGCUCGUCUCCUCCCGUCAGAGAGGAGCCCACCCACAACUCUUCCUACAUCAUGGAGAACGGGAUCCCACCAGGAAGCAUAUUAGUGAACCCACAUACUGGGCAGCCUUUUCUCAACCCUGAUGGAUCUCCUGCUGUUUACAUCCCUCCAGACAGCCAGCCACCAAUCAGGAGCCAGACUCAGCCUCAGAGCGCUCCCUCUCAGCAGCAGCAGGUGGUGCAGUACUCGUCUGUCUCUUACUCAGCUCCACAGAUGUUACCUGUCCCUCCACCACAACCAAUGGAAGACCUCUCUUCUCAGUUUGCUCACGUGACACUGAGCUGUCAGUCAGCAGGCGAAGCCCCGCCCCUCUACCCUCACAGUCAGGGUUACGUCUAUGCAGCUCCUCCUCCUCCUCCUCCUCCUCUUCCUCCUCCUCCUAACCCUCCCAGUUACUGCCAGCCCUCACCUCAGGUGCCUGUGUAUUACUACGGUCAGUACUCUACCUCAGCUCAGCACGGCUGCAGGCCUGUGUCCCCCAGUCAGCACCUGCACAGCCAAGUAGCACAACCAACAGCAGGUUACGCUCCACCCGUCGGAGUCCAGCAACCUACCCACACUCAGGCCCAGGCCGUGCUGGGGACGUACUCACCGAUGGCCUCUCAUCAAUGUAGCGUGGUUCAGGGAGGCCUCUCACUGUCCUAUCCACCCACUAAAGUAGUUCCUGCUGUGGGCGGGGAGGUGGGUUACUGCUGCGUGGUGCCCCCGCCCCCCCACCACAGCAGCUGCCACCCUCCCAGCUGCAGCAACCUCAGCGCCCCGUCCUGGAGCGGCCAGUACUGAUGACUGAGAUGAAGACGCCUGAGCGGAUGUAGUGAUGAUACUUCAGUUCCUGUGUGAACUCACCACACACACACACACACACACACACACACACGUUUAAGACAAACACCUCCCUUUUACCCACUAGGCCCUUCUCUCUCUUCUACCCCUGCCUUUGUCCUGAUGGGGCCCAAGAGCCGCAUUGUUUUUACACGCACGCACACACACAAGCAUGUACACACAUCACACACUCACUCACUCACACACCAAUGUACCAAUGUACCAAAGCUUAAUAGUAUAUAUAUAUCAGAGCUGCUGUAUUGAAUGCAUUAUUUAUAUACAUAAAUGGAGUUUUAUAAUAAUUAUAUUGAAAUAUAUAUAUAUAUAUAUACAUAUAUGGUGUUUUAAGGAAAUGCACUGUGUGAAGAGAAUAAAGUGCUAUGGCUGGACUCA